AUGGCUUCGCAAUUGCGCAAGGUGUUUGGCUCGGGCCGCACCAAGUCAUCCGCCUCGUCCUCGCAACACGGCCGCAACCAGUCGGAAGGCGAACAGGCCAACUCCAACUCGAACCCUAGCUCGCCCGCCGCCUCGAUUGGCAAGGCUUCUUCCAGGAUCUUUGGGAGAUCCGACCGCGGUGCUUCGCCCAGCCCCUCUCCUGCUCCCUCGCCCUUCCCACCUUCCACACCGUCCAAGGAGACUUCCCACCCUGCCACCACCACCGCUGCUUCCAACAAGAACACCGCAUCCUCGCAGCCUUCUGCUGGUGCUUCGGCCGCUCCUUCCGUCGCUCCUCGCACUGCUUCCAAGCCUGCUUCCGGCUCGAGCUCCGCUAAGCAGCCGCAGCAAAUCACUCCCACGCCUCCUGUCAAGGCCGAAAGCCAGACCACUUCCGCGCCCGCUCAGCAGGCCUCGUCGGCUACUACUCCCACGGCCGAAUCGGCUGCUCCGAAGUCACAGCCUGAAGUAGCCUUGUCGCCCGCUCCUGCUGCUGCACCUGCUACUCCUGCUGCUGCUUCGCCUGCGCCGGCCGUUGCUGCGACCGACUUUGCCCAGAAAAGCACCGAGACGCCCACCGCAGCGGACCAAGACUCGUCCAAGCAGCCCACGGAAGCAGCACCUGCCGCGACCAAGUCCAAGAUGGAGCCCGUCAAGCCUCUCAGUAUCAACAUCCCUGCUAACCAGGAAGCAGCCGCCCAGCCCGCUGCUGAGCUGCCCAAGAAGCAGUCGAAAUCCGAAGCCAAACCCACAAACGGUACUGCUGCUGCUGCUGACCGAGACGACCUCACUCCUGUCGGCAUUUCCAACAAGUCGUCUUUCCACUCGCGCACGAACCAAGACCAGUACCGCGCAGACUACCACCCUGACAACGCAUCCAAGUACGCCAACCCCAACCACUAUUCGGCUCGUCCCGAGACCUACCACCGCAAGUCGUUCAGUGCUGGCUCGGGUGCUCCCGCAGGCAUGUCUGCCAUGACUGCCAUGAGCGAAGCUACUCCUGUCGGCUCUCGUCGCGAGUCGGCUAGCGAGCAGGACAUCGGUCACGGCCGUGGUCCCACCGGUAACCUCAGCCAGGCUGUCGACGCUCGUUCCGAUGACCACUGGAUCUCGCUCGAGGACAAGCGUCUGCAGGAAGACCUCGAAAAGAAGCGUCACUGGAAGCGUUGGGGUCCGUACCUCAGCGAGCGUCAGUGGGGUACCGUCCGCGAGGAUUACUCGGCCAACGGAGAUGCUUGGUCUCACUUCCCGCACGAGAUGGCCCGUAGUCGUACCUAUCGAUGGGGUGAGGAUGGUCUCGCCGGUCUCUCUGACAACCACGGCAGGAUGGGUCUCAGCUUGGCCCUCUGGAACGGAAAGGAUCGCAUGCUCAAGGAACGUCUCUUCGGUCUCGCCAACAACGAGGGCAACCACGGCGAAGACGUCAAGGAGCUCUACUGGUACCUCGACAGCACCCCCACUCACAGCUACAUGAAGAUGCUCUACAAGUACCCGCAAGAGACGUACCCUUACGACCUCUUUGUUCGCGAGUCACGCAACCGAAGCCGUGAUGUUGCCGAAUUCGAGGUCACCGACACCGACCUCUUUGACGACGACAAGUACUGGGACGUUUUCGUCGAAUACGCCAAAGAUAAGGACGAGGAGAACGCCAUCUCGGUCCGAAUCAGCGCCUACAACCGUGGUCCGGAAGCCGCCGAUCUCCACAUCAUCCCUCAGCUCGUCUUCCGCAACUACUGGUUCUGGCCCAAGGAGGAGCCCGCCAAGCCCAAGAUGAAGCAGACCGGCGACUACGUUAUCGAGGCCGAACAUCCCGACCUUGGUAAAUACCACCUCUACUGCUCCACCAGUCCCGCUCCCAGCGCUCCGCCCGCCAAGCGCGGUCAGGCUCCCGAGCCCGUCUCGGACGAGGAGGUGAUCCCUGACCUCCUCUUCACCGAGAACGAGACCAACUUUGAGCGUCUCUACAACGGCAACAACCGCAACAUCUACGCCAAGGAUGCCUUCCACGACCACAUCAUUCCCGGACACCGACAGGAGAAGGAUCGUCCCAAGGCAGUCCAGAAGACUCGCCAGGUCAAGAAGACCAUCGUUCGUCAGGAAAGGCGUCCUAUUGCCAGCCAGCCCGAGGCUGACACUGCUGCCAAGGCCGACGGCGCUGCCGCCGUCGAUCCUGAAGCGGCUGCUGCCGAGAAGCAGUUUGGCUCCAUCGGUCCCAAUGGUGAGCAGGAGUACGAGAUCGUCGACAUUGAGGAGGAAAUCGUAGAGGACGAGACCUACUAUGAGAACCCCGACGAGUCCAAGCCCCCUCGUGAUUACGUCAACCCCAGCAAGGAGGGUACCAAGGCAGGUGCGCACUACGUCUUCCGCCAAGUGCCUCCCUUCGGAGGUUGCGCCGUCGUCAGGAUGAAGCUCACUCCCAAGACGCCAUCGCAGGAUCCCGCCAUCGACGACGACGAGCAGUUCGACACCACCGUCGAGGCUCGACGCUCCGAGGCCGACGAGUUCUACGCCAAGCUCAUCAGCGGUCCCAUGUCGGACGACAUGAAGAACGUCAUGCGCCAGGCUCUCGCCGGCAUGCUCUGGAACAAGCAGUUCUACAUGUUCAUCCAGUCCGAGUGGCUGCGUGGCGACCCUGGUCAGCCCGCGCCUCCCCCCGAGCGCAAGCGCAUUCGCAACCACGACUGGCGACACUUGCACAUGGAGGACAUUCUCUCGAUGCCAGACAAGUGGGAGUACCCCUUCAGCGCCGUCUGGGACAGUGCCUUCCACUGCAUUCCUCUCGCUAUGGUCGACCCUGCCUUUGCCAAGAAGCAGCUGGACCUCUUCACCCGAGAGUGGUACAUGAAGCCCGACGGUGCGCUCCCCGCUUACGAGUGGAACUUCUCCGACGUCAACCCUCCUGUCCACGCCUGGGCCACCUUCCGUGUGUUCAAGAUCGAGCGUAAGAUGUACGGUCGCGAGGAUCUCGACUUCUUGGAGCGCGUCUUCCAGAAGCUGCUCAUCAACUUCACCUGGUGGGUCAACCGAAAGGACUCGAGUGGCUCCAACGUGUUCGAGGGCGGUUUCCUUGGUCUCGACAACAUUGGUCCCUUCAACCGAUCCGAGCCCCUGCCCACGGGCGGUACGCUGCGUCAGGCCGACGGAACGGCUUGGAUGGCCUUCUACGCGCUCAACAUGUUGAACAUGGCGCUCGAGCUGGCCAAGCACAACCCCACCUACGAGGACAUUGCUUCCAAGUUCUUUGAGCACUUUAUCUUCAUCUCGGACGCCAUGUCGUUCCACGACACGUUCGACGACGAGAGCACCAGUCUCUGGUCCGACAAGGACGGCUUCUACUACGACGCCAUCCAGUGGGGUCCCGGCAACAGCCAGGUGAUUCCUGUCAAGAGUCUGGUCGGUCUCAUCCCGCUCUACGCCACCUUGACCAUCGAGCCAUCGGCGCUUAAGCGAUUCCCCAGCUUCGCCAAGCGCAUGCAGUGGUUCCUCGACAACCGACCCGAGAUGGCCGACCGCAACAUUGCCAACAUGCAGGUGGGUGGCCGUGGCGACCGACGUCUGCUGUCCAUGGUCAGCCGCGAGCGUCUCGAGCUCAUCCUCAAGCGCAUGCUCGAUGAGAACGAGUUCCUUUCGCCUCACGGUGUGCGUUCGCUCAGCAAGGACCACCAGAAGAACCCCUUCCACGUCAAUGUGGGCGGCGAGGACUUUGGUGUCGGCUACUGGCCCGGUGACUCGCAGAGCCCCAUGUUCGGCGGUAACUCGAACUGGCGUGGUCCCAUCUGGAUCUGCGUCAACUUCCUGCUCAUCGAGUCGCUGCAGCGAUUCUACCAGUAUUACGGCGACAGCUUCAAGGUGGAAUGCCCGACAGGCAGUGGCGACUACAUGCACCUGGGUCACGUCGCAGAGGAGCUCUCGCACCGUCUGCUCGGCGUCUUCCUGCGCGACGACCAAGGCAGGCGCGCCAGCAACGGUGGUAUCCCCAUGCUCGACUACGCGCCCGAGUUCAGAGACCUGGUGCACUUUUACGAGUUCUUCCACGGCGACACGGGCAAGGGUCUUGGCGCCUCGCACCAGUGCGGUUGGACCGGUCUCAUCGCCUACACCAUCUACUCGACGGGCGCGAGUUAUGGUCUGGCUCAGACGCCCAGGACGCCCAAGAGCACCGCGGCGCACUACUUUGACGAACAUCUCACCGAGGACGGCAGGUCCGAGGCUGGAAGCGUGCCCUACUCGAACGCUUACUCGAGACCUCCGUCGCCGGACGAGCUUUAA